UUUUCUUUAUUCAAAUCAAUUCAACAGCCCCCCACCAAGGUCGUGAAGAAGGACGAAAACGGCGAUGCCGCCGCCAAAAAGGACGAGACCGCCAAGGUGGACGAACCGGCUGCCAAGGCGACCAACGGCGAUGCCGCUGCCAAGGAAGCCGCCGCUCCAGCUGAAGAGAAGAUGGAAGUUGACGAAGCUGCUGCCGCCGCACCAACAGCUGCCGAGGAAAAGAAAGAAACUGAAGAAGCCAAACCAGAAACAGAGAAAGUAACCGAAAAGACUGAAAGCACUGCGGCAGAGAAGAAGGAAGAGGACAAGAAGGAGGAAGUCGCCGAAAGCAAGGAAGCUGCUCCCAAGGAGGUCGUUGCUGAGGAAAAGAAGGAGGAGGAAGUUAAGGCGGCGGCACCACCAGCUGAGGAGGAGAAGAAGGUUGAGGAGGCGAAGGCCGAGGAGGAGAAGAAGGUCGAGGAACCGGCGGCAGCUGAAGAGAAGAAGGCGGCGGUUGAGGAGGAAAAGAUGGAGGUCGAUGGGGGUGCCGAGGCGGUCGCCGAGGAAAAGGAAGCGGAGAAAAAGGAGGACAAAGCAGCUGAACCAGCUGCCGAGAAGAAGCCCGCCGAAGAGGCGGUUGUAACUUCGACCGAGGAGCCCGCCAAGGAAGAGCCGAAGGUGGAGUCGUCCACAGCGGAGGCGGAACCGGCCAAGGAGAAGCCAGCUGAAGCCGAGGCCAAGGCGGCGGAAACGACCAAAGCUGAGGUCGUCGAGAAGCCAGCGGAAACUCCUGCCGCCGAGUCGAUGGAAACGGAUUCCGCACCGGCUGCUGACAAGGAAGCCGAGGCCAAGCCGGAAGCCAAGCCCGUUGAGGAGGUGAAGAAGGUGGAGGCUGAGAAGAAGGUUGAAGCGGAAAAGAAGCCUGCCGAGUCCGAGGCCGAAGCAAAGGAGGUGGCCACCAAACCCGUCGAGGAGACCAAGGGCGAAGAAACAACUACGGCUGGACCGGUUGAGGAAAUCGCCGUUGAGGCCAAGGAGGACGCCGCCAAGCCGGAGGAGAAAAAGUCUGACGCCGACGAGGUUUCCACCACCAGCACAGAAUCAAAGACGGAAAACGGCACCACCCACGAAAACGGCGUGUCCAAGGAGGCUACGCCAGUCAACGGCAAGGAAGAGUCCCGCGUGCCGGAGAACGGCGAGGCUGAACCGGCGGCGGCGGCGGAGGCCGUAGUCACAUCCAACGGCAACGGCAAACACGAAGAAAAGGGCGACAGCGACAAGGAGAACGACACGGCCACAUCCAACACCACGGAGGAACCAGCGGCGGCGGCGGCCACCAACGGUAACGGUGUCGAGAAUGGUUCCACAACCAGCAGCACCACCACCCCCGCUCCGGACGCAGCCGCCGAAAUCAAGUCAAAGAAGGUGAUCGACUCGAGCACCACCCCCACGCCCCCGAUCGAGGCGGAAUCGUAAAUUGUCGUGUCCCCACUUAAGAUUACAAAUCACCGUUGAUAAGUAGGUAAAAACAGAGAGCGAGAGCUGUAGAGAGUGCGUUUUGAUGCUUCUUAAAACAAGUAAGAAAACCACACAGAAAGCGAAGCAACGCAAUGCAACUUUGCAUGCUUGGUGAAGAACAGAAAAAAAACAGAACGUAAUUACAAUUUUUAUAUAAAUAUUUAUAUUAUAACAGGACAGGCAAACAGACCCAACUAACCCCUCUCAACGUAGCAAACACACACACACAGUGAAUCUUCCCAACUUUUCUCUCGGUUUAAGUACGUAAAGUAGCAGCUGCCAAUUCACCCUCCAUCAGAAAACGCGCGAUAUACCAAUUUUAGGAAACAAUGGCGAAUUUUACUCACGCGAAUAUACUGUUCGCGCAUUGUUUACCACCCAGGAACACUUACACAUCCAUACAAAAACACACACGCAAACACGUUCCAAAGGGAGCGAACUUGAUCCUCGUAAUUAUCGUUAGCGACUUAUUCUUUUUAAAUUCUUGACUCAAAGAUGUUCAUGACCCUAGAAUUUUUUUGUAAUUGUUUACUUAACCGUUGUGGUGCACACACCUAAACUACCACUAGAAACGCGUUUGUUUUGUAAUUGACUAUUCCCGGCCCGAAUAAAAGUGUACGAUGCUUCCAAUUGUAACAAAUAUCAAACGAAUCAUCCUUCUCGAAAUAAGCGCGGCUUCGCCGCAGGAACCAUCAAUCGUCUCAUUGAAUCCUGCCGAACGCACACGCUCAAACCGACACACACGCUCGCACACUUUUGCUGCAUUUACGAGAGAGAGAGAAAAAAACUGAUGUCUUCCUCAACCCCCCACCCCGGAAACGCGCGCGAGCGCUCACGACGAAGGCACAAAAAUUAUACGACAAGACUAACCAGAAACCAGAUAGUUCCUCAAAUUAGUUUCUAGCGACUAACUAGUGCGUGCGUGGAGUGUGCGUCGCGGAGCGAAGUUACUCUGAGGGACGAUUGAUUGCUCCGGCAGCAGCAGCGCUGCUGCGCGAAAUUCUCACUGAAACAACAACAAAAUUGGGGGGAAAACACAGACUGCCAAACAAUAAUCAGCAACUACUUUUUACAAGUUUUUCGAGAAUGUGCAUCCUCGUUUAGAAAAAUAAAAACACACUCAAACAAACACACACAUUCCGCGUUAGGCGAACUCUAUUGUGAAACGAAUAAAACACAUGAAAAUACAGUAUUAAAAAAAGCUCUCACUUUUUUUUCUUAAUCAAAUGCAGGUGCGAGCGCGCGAAACGCGCCCUCUCGUUGGUAAGAAAUGAAAAUCUCAUCGAUAUUAGUUUUUUUCUUCCUUGUUUCCUAUAUUUUCCAAUGAUUAUUUAUAUUGUAAGUUGGAAAAGAGGAACGUAGGAAACGCGGUAUGCGGUAGCAUAACACUCUUGUGGCGAUAAUAAAUAUCAAACAAAAUGAAGAAAAUAAGAAAACAUCAAACGCAGAACACAGAAAAACACACAUACAUGUCUGUUUUAUUAUUGGAUGUAGAGAGCUCCGAAACCGUAUUGGAAAAAGAAAUUUAAAAUAAACGAUAUGGGACGGAGCGAUAAAUUUUUGUUUAAAGUACACUAAAUGGUAACGCAGAAAAAAAAGAACAUUAAACAAAACAAAAACGUAAUUUAAAACAAAAAAAAACACGAAUAAAACAGAUGAAACGUAAACGUAAGAAGUGGAAAUAAACUAACCAGUAAUAUUUUAAGAAUUAUUUAA